AUGGCCGAAAUGAUUCUGCCAAUUGCAGCCCUGGCUGGCAUUGCCCACGCUGCUCCACAGCUCCUUGGUAUCAAUCUUGGUGCCAAUGCUGGCGCUUCAGGUGAGCUUGAAGCAUGUCCGUUGAGCCGCCAAUCGAGCUGAUCAAAAUUGCACCAGCUGCUGCUACUGUUUCGGGUCCCGCUACAAUUCCGGUCCCAUCUACUCACGGACUGUCGAGCGUAUCGAUCUUCCAGACUCCUCUCAGUGGUCAAGUUGUGCUCCCGGUCACAUCUUCGAUUAGUGCUGCCGCCGGUAGCCCCAUCAGCAGCUCCCCUAUUAGCCUCAUCAGCAGCUUGCCUGUCAGCCACAUCAGCAGCUUGCCUGUUGCUAAUUCUGCCGUUGCCGUUCCGAGCCUUCCCAAUGUUGCCGCGUCUGUGCCAACAGCAGGACUGACCAAUGUUGCCAACGCUGCGGGUAUCCUUCCUACGGACAGUGCGAAUGUGCCAGCCAUCUUGGUAUCCAGCUUGCCAACUGGCUCAAUUACCAAGAUCAUUCAGACUACAUUGCCAGUUGCCAAUACCGGCGUCCUCUCGUCGCUCGCUGCGCUUACAGAGAAUGCUGCUGUGGCGCCCAUCGCUUCCAGUGCAAUGGCUGAAUUGCCCACGUCUGGCCUACCAGCAGUGCCGACGCCCACCAACAUUCUCCCCGCUUCAGCCAACAUCCCCGUGGUGCCGACCCAGCUGAACGGUGCUGCUGCUCUCAUCAACGGUAUCGGUCCGUCCGAGUUUGGUGAGCUUGCUUCGAAGAUCGCCGACAUCUUUCAAACCCUGGAGAACGCUGCUGGUACCGCUACAUCGAAAGCCGCCCUUCCCACGGAUAUCUACAAUGCCCUCACGGCAGCUAAACUCCCGACCGCGGCUUCUGUAACUGCCUUGCCUACUGGCUUGACUGCUCCAAACAUCUCUGUUCCUAUCGGCAAGGGAAAGCGCCAACUGGAAGCUGUUACUACGGCGCUUACCGGUGCGCUUGGCGCCUCAUCUCCAGUGAACAGUGUUGUCAGCGCUGUGAGCGGCGCUGGUGGUGCUAAUGUGCUGGGAAAUCUUGUAAGCUCCGGCUCCUCCCUCGACACAGUUGGUAGUCUUGUCGGCAGCACGUACAGCGGAAGUUCUGCCCUGGAUCUUCUUGCGCCGGCUGUUGGAGGCGACGCGCUCACUGGUCUUCCCGCGGGUACACUGAUUAACCCCAUUGGCAAAAUCGGCUCCUCUACUUCUGGACUCAGCAGCCUUACCCAAAUCGUCAUGAAAACCGUAAGAGGGCACUUUUGAUGCUAUGAGCUUGAGCAGAGACUAAUCCUCGCGACUAGAAACAAAUCAUCCCCAUCCCAGCCAACUUUGCCUCCUUCAUCCCCGGUAUCAAGACUGCCGCCCUCGCAGACAUCCAACAAACUCUCGCCGGCACCGCCCUACUUUCGAAGCUGCUCUCCGUCCUGGCCGUGCUGAACACUCUGGCCAGCCUGAACUCCGCAUUUGCCCCAUUGUCAAGCAUCAGCAACCUCCCCUCGCUGCAAAGCGCCAUCUUGUUCAUCACCCCUUCAGACCUCGCCGCGACUACCUACCUCCUGAGCAACGCGGGCAGUCUUCCCUCGCUGAAGCGUGAUACCGAAGCUGCCGCUGCUGCUGGUCCCAUCCCACUCGGCAGCCUUCUCGAACCAGCGAAUGCGGUCCAGUUCGCGGCGAUGCUCCAGACACUCCAGGUUUCCAACCAGCCGGCUUCUAUGGCUUACGCGCUCUUGGCGCAGACGGGCUUCACCGACUUCCAGAACCUCGUUCCGGGCGUCGACACUUCCGUCGUCACGAAGCUUUUGGCCAAUCUGCCGACCGCAACAGUUACCAAUAUUCUUGCUGGUUUGGUUAGCAGCAAGGAGUAA